CCCUGAAUGACGUGCUGCUGCGUGACGUGGGCGGCCUCAUCUCCGCCAGCGGCAGGUGGCCACUGGUGCUGGACUGCUCGGGGCAGGCGUCCGUCUUCCUGAGGUACCAGGACACCAACUACGUUAACGCGCUCACCCGCCGCCACCUGGAGCCGCCCCUGCUGCGCCGCUCGCUGCUGGGGGCGCUGCGGUACGGCAAGCCCCUGGUGCUGGACCUGCAGGAGUGCGACCUGUGGGAGGAAGUGAGGGGCGCGUUCGAUCGGGUUGAGCCCGGCCUGCUGUCCCGCCUGCUGGACAAGUCCCUCCUCUCGCGCGAGCGCUACACCUCCCUCAUCCGGCCGCAGGAGGACGGCGAGGAGUACGAGGCCAACCGCUUCCAGGAGGCGCGCCUGCGCUCCUUCACCUUCAUCGUGCUCAGCUCCGCGCGGCGCCCCAACCCGCAGCUGCUGGAGGCCUUCUAUGUGCUGAGGGUGCUGAUCAGCGAGUGAGGG